CAUGCCGUUAAGUUACCCAGCUCCUGUCGCUGGAAAAUACCCCGGCUGGUGUGUCCGAUCAACCGGGACCGGGGAUCAAUGAGCCUGUGGAACACUUGCUCACACCGUGAGGGCGGCAGAGUGUGAGUGGGAGCGUGUGGAUGUGUUCAGGAAAGGUGUAGAGUGUGCGCUGCGUGUGCAGUCACGUUUCAGUGAGUACUUUGUAAGAUCGUAUCGUGCGAAUCGUGGAAGGAGAAAAGCCUUCGGAAAAGUGUCGUAUCAGAUUUUGAUGCUUCCUGUAGACCGAAAACGUGCAAAGGAUCACACGGGAUGUGUAAAGUGAGCAACGGAAAAAAGUUUUAACCAAACCAAAGGGCAAAAAAGAAUGAAGCAAACCACUCGUGUCUGGUUCAAACACACGUUACAUGGCAUGAAAAAAUCGAUCGAGAAACCAACAUGGUGCUAGUGGUGAAGGACGCCAUUACAGUUUUCGAUAGCGACAAAAGCAAAUAGUUCGAGAAGUGAUCGCACGGUGGUUUAAAUGAAUCAAACCAAUGGCAUCCGUUUCAUGACGUAAGGAAGUAAGAAUUUCGUCAUCCCCGUCAACGACUCAGCGUUUCGUUUCGGAAGCAGAAGAGCAGGCCUGAAAGUGCUCACCGGUGGCAGCACUGGUGCAAGGACAUCCAUCUUCAUGGAGCAAGGCUGCAGGGAAGGAUGGCGACAAACGACGGUUCCCCGUCGACUUCCUUCCCAAUCAGUAGUGGUGUGAUGGUGACGAAUUUAUACCCCGAAACGCCCUCUAGCGUGCGGCGAAGACGGCGCCCCACUGUUUGCCGACAUCUUCGGUCCAUCCAUCAGGUGCCGGUGGCCACUACGCGGAAAGAUGCAGGGUGUGAUCGGAAUGUGAGACAAGCGUGAAACGAGGGAAAUAAGAAAAAGCUAAAAGUGUCAACCUGUCGGGCACCUUCCGAUGCGCUGUGUGACCUUCUCGUCCGAUAAACAGUAGAGCGCAAAGGGAUUGCCGCGAAACAAGUAAACCAGGAAGCGUCAAAGACGGCUGCAAGCUUAGAGACAAUUCUUUCUGCCUAAUGAUUUUUUCUCCGUGCUUAUUGUUCGUACACGUAGUGGGAUGAGCAAUAGUUCAGGCGGUGUUAAGUUACUGCUCGCCCGCUACCGUCACCGGGCGGAUGAAGAUUCCCGCCAGACGUGCGUUUUCGAGUGUGCAGUCGAGUGAAGGGUUACGUUCGCAGUGUGCAAAACGCUCAAGUGGUUUUCUGGAGGGCGCGUAUUAGUGUGCGGGGCGUGUAAGUGGUGUUGUGUGUGUGUGUGUGUUUGUGUGCGCGCGUGUAUGUGAAUACCCUAGUACCGGCGGCCAGCCCAGGGCGUCCCAGGGAGCCCGUACCAUACACGAUGAAACUCAGUGUCAGUGCCUAUCGAGCCCAUGCAUCAGCACACAAGAAAAUCCUCUCCAGCAGUAGCUAUCAGACACAGUUCAACUACGGAAGUACGGCGGCCGCUUCCAGCUCAGCACCGACCUCGUCGGCACUGUUUUCACAGGAUAAAUGUUGACAUUGAGGUGUUAUUUGUUGAUAACCGUCUGGUGUUAGGCUCGACGGUCAGCUUGAACGGGAUUUCCUGGGCAAACGGUGCGACGAUGGACCCGACGAAUCCGAGUGCAGCAGGGACAGCAUCCGGAGGGGCAAUACUACCAACAUGUUCGACCAUAUCGUCCGCCAGCUCGCAGAUGCAUCAGCACCAUCAUCACCCGAACCCAGCGGCCACACCGUUCGGCGCGAUCGGCGGUGCCGCAUCCGGUCACGGGGCCACCGGAAGUGGAUCCGGAGGCGGCGUCGGCGAGCAUGCGUCCAGCCUGCUGAGCCCGACGCUGCUGUCCCCGGGGACAAACACCGGUACCGCCUCAAUAGCGACCUCGCGUGACGAGGAGGAUGACUCGAGCAAUCAGGCCUCCUCCGGCAGCAAGGGUUCCGGCCAGCGUUUCAGUCGUGCCGCGUACCGGUCGUCGCCACCGAAGGUGCACACCUCGCUCGUGUCGCGUACGAACAGUGAGGACGACGGCUACCGGCGUGCCGGCUACCAGUCCACGCAGCAAUCCAGCACCACCAGCCGCACCGGGCUCGUGCGGCGUACGACCGUGCCGGGCCACUAUCAAUCAAUUGACCGUAGUCACAGCUUCAACGAGCAUGAUCACGAUGCCAUGUCCCGAUGGUACCAGUACCAUCAGCAGCGGCACCCACUGUCCCGCACCGGCAGCCGCACCGGCAGCGUGCCGCGCAGCCAGCGCCGACGAUACUCGCUGCGGGACAACGACGACGACGGCAGCAUGCCGGCCGGGCUGAAUCGUAUGGUGUCGUUCGAUAGCGUUGGCGGCCAGAGUUCGUGCAGUGGGCUGCUUACGCGGCACCGUGUCAGCCACCCGUCCGUUGCGUCCUCAUCGUUCGAUCAGUUCGAUCAAUCGUCGUACCAUUCGCAACAGCAGCAGCAGCACCAGCAGCAGGAACAGCAGGACGAGCUAUCGUCCUCCCAGCAGCAGCUGCAGCAGCAGCAACUCAGCCAAUCCCUCUCCAACGGCACGACACGGGGCGCACAGAGCUGGAAGAAUCUACGCGCCGUGAUGGCGUACUACUGUUCGCUGCGGAAAAUCAAGAGGACGAAGUCAAACCAGCGAUGGAUGAAGUUACGCACGACGGUACAAAUAUCCUCUGCCAUGCAGAAGAAACCACCUCUCAAGCGAGAGGAUUCCUUUCUAAAGCGCUUUUCCACGCGCCAGAUACCGGAAGCUCAGGAAACGGUGGAAGAUACCGGCUCCGAGGGUGCGACCGAUGCAGAGAAAACAGUCCGACGGAGGCGUCGGUUUGCCAAAAUCCCGCGCACGGUCGUGAACCCGGACGAGAACUUCUACUUCUACUGGCUGAUGCUCGUCACGAUCAGCAUACUGUACAACCUCUGGACGCUAAUCGUGCGCCAGAGCUUCCCGGAGCUGCAGAGUAAUGCGAGCCGCUUCUGGCUGUCCUGUGAUUGCUUCACCGAUAUAGUAUUCAUCUUCGAUGUGGCGGUACAGCUGCGCACCGGCUACCUGGAGCAAGGUCUGAUGGUGUACGACUCGCGGAAGCUGGCUGGCCACUAUCUCCGAUCCCGUGCUUUCCUCCUAGAUUUAGCGGCACUAGUACCGCUAGAUAUUCUACAGUUCCGGCUCGGUAGUCAGCCGAUGUUACGAUUUCCGCGGUUUUUCAAAGUCUAUCGAGCGGUCAAGUAUUACUACAUCGUAGAGAGUCGCACCGUGUGGCCUAACCUAUGGCGCGUCGUGAACCUCAUACACAUCCUGCUAAUAUUGGCCCACUGGUUCGGAUGCUUCUACUUCCUGCUGUCCGAGGCCGAGGGCUUCCAGGGCGACUGGGUGUAUCCGUAUCGGCCCGGCGAUUAUGCCACGCUCACGCGCAAGUACCUCGGCAGCCUGUACUGGUCGACGCUGACGCUAACCACCAUCGGGGACCUACCGACGCCGGAAACGAAUGCCGAACCGUCACAAUCGGCGGACGGCCCUAGAUCACUUCCCAGGCGCGGCCUCAAGUCCAGACUGCUGCAGUUCAACUCAUCCCGCGGGUACGUGUUCACCAUCGUCAGCUACCUGAUUGGUGUCUUCAUCUUUGCCACGAUCGUCGGCCAGGUGGGCAAUGUUAUUACGAACCGCAAUGCCAACCGUCUCGAGUUCGAGCGACUCCUGGACGGUGCAAAGACGUACAUGCGGCACCACAAGGUACCGGGUGGAAUGAAGCGGCGCGUACUCCGGUGGUACGAUUACAGCUGGUCACGCGGCCGAAUACAGGGCGGCGGAGACAUCAACACCGCACUCGGGCUGCUGCCGGACAAGCUUAAAACCGAACUGGCCUUACAUGUCAAUUUGAGCGUGCUGAAAAAGGUGACAAUAUUUCAAGAGUGCCAGCCGGAGUUUCUGCACGACCUGGUGCUGAAAAUGAAGGCCUACAUCUUCACGCCGGGCGACUCGAUCUGUCGGAAGGGUGAGGUCGCCCGGGAGAUGUUCAUCAUCGCCGACGGCAUCCUGGAGGUGCUGAGCGAAACUGGCAAGGUGCUGACCACGAUGAAGGCGGGUGACUUUUUCGGCGAGAUCGGCAUCCUCAACCUGGACGGGUUGAACAAACGAACAGCCGAUGUGCGCUCGGUCGGCUAUUCGGAGCUGUUCUCGCUGUCCCGCGAAGACGUCCUGACUGCGAUGAAGGACUACCCGGAAGCACAAGAGAUCCUGCAGACGCUGGGUCGGAAAAGACUGAUGGAGGUGCGCUGUGUCAACAAGAAGCACGCCAACAAGCACGCCGCUAAGGAACACGCCGGUGAUCGUAGCUCAAAUACCCACAAUAACCAAGGUGAUAGUAGUGAUAAUAGUGCCUCAAAACGUAUCGUAGAUAAGCUUAGGAGUGAUGUUAAGGGACUGAAGAAUGUGCUGCGCAAGUCCAGGACGGGAACAACUAGACGCAGCAAUGAGUCGAUCGAGAUGCAGCCACUGCACGGGAACGCGACCUCGGGCGGUGGAUCGGGCGGUGCGGGCAGUGGCGGCAGUGCCGGAAGCGGAGGCAGCAAAACGUCCAAAACGAUGCUGAAGCGCAUGCCGCGCGUCAAGUCGGACGACAUACACACGGAGGACGAGGGCAAGGACAAUGACAAGGUGCCGAGCCCGAUCGGUGCCGGGCUUCCACUGCUGCAACGUCUCCGGCUGCUCAAGGAGAAACAAGAUCGCGAAGAACGAGCCGCGAAGGCGACUGCACAAAUUAUCUCACCGCCGCAUACUCACGUAACCUCUGCCAUAUCACCACAGGAAUCGAUACAGGAAGAACCGGAACCGGAAGUGAUCGGCGCCGGGUUGCCGCUGAUGCAAAGACUGAAAUUGCUCAAAGCGAAAGAGGAUCGGCUAGCGAAGGAAAGCCAAUCGAAGCUGCAAGUGACAUCGAACCAAACAUCAAGCUCACCAUCGAUCGUACAAAGCAUGAGUCCGACGUCCCCGACGGUGAAGGCACCGCCGAGUCCGAUCUUGAACACGACGGGUGUGGCAGGCCAUCACGCCAAACCGACGAUGCGCGUGUCGUUCAAGGAGCGCCUUCGCCAACUGCACCAUCAAGACUCCAAGCAUCACGGCGAAUCGAAGCCCUCCUCCGUACCGGUCACGAUACACGAGACCACCGACAUGAAGCAGCACCUGCUGCCGAUUGUACCGUCGCCCGGCAGUAAAGCGCAGCCUAUGCAGCAGCAGCAGCAUCAUCAACAACAAUCGCACCAUCCCAGCAAGCCGUCCACCGCGCAGUCCCUGAAGGAUAAGAUACGCUCGCUGGGCCACCUGAAGGCGGACGAUCAGCUGAAACCGUGGUCCAAGCUGAAGCUGGCAACGGUGGUCAGUCUCGGCGGAAGCUACACCAGUCUCAACAAUGCCGCGUCCGAGGAGUCACCCAUUCUGAAGCAAUCCAAGCGCAGCCGGCUCAAAACUUCCAUCCCGGCCGAUCUCAAUCUGAACUCGCUGGUCUCGAUGACACCACCGCCCAUUUCUUCUGCCCCACCGACCACGUGUGCUCCACCAUCGUCCUUUCUGCCGAAUAAGAUCCUAUCCUGUGCGGCGGGCGAAGCAGCCUCGGUCAGUGAUAGCGAGGUAGCCAGUGGUAGCCGGACGCAACGGACCACUGGCGACCAAGGGGGCGCCCGUGCCGUACCGGCGCGCGUGCGCAUGAAACCGAAACCCAUCAAGCUGGAGUCCACCGAGCCCAAGAGCUACCUGUCGAUCGACGAUCUGUCGCCCGAAUAUUGCGGCCUGCCCUUCGUCAAGAAGCUGAAGAUCCUGAACGAGCGCCAGAAGCUGGCCGAACUGGAGUCGGCAAUCAAGACGCGCAGCCUCAGCCUGGACUGUACCGAUUCGAACACCAGCACCGCCAGCACGCAUGACCUGCUCGACCAGCUGACGCGCAGCCAGAGCGAGGGCUCCGGCAUGGCACACACGGUCCGCUCCAAGAGCGAGUCGCCGAAGCGCUCCGACUCGAACGGGCUGCUGCCGCUCAGCCCCGAGUCGAACGAAACGCUUGAGCGGCGCCAGCUGAAGAGCAUAUUGAAGAAGCUGUCCGAGGAUAAGGCCGCGCUAGAACAGCGCCCGAACCGCGAGAACCUCAAGAAGCUGAUGCGAGCGCAAACGGUCGAAGGGUACGUUGCCAGACACAGCAAAUUCACCAAAAGCGUCACCUUCCAUAGGAACACACUCUCUAGCCCUCCCAGCAGUGCUGCCCAGUGUGACCCUAUUGAAGAACGUAGUCUUUUUCCCCUUCUUAGCGCACAAACGGCCACCGGCACCGUGCCGGGCGUGCCACAUUCCGUAGCGGCGGCCCCGUUGGCAACGUCGCACGUCGACGAGCGUCUGUCGGCGGUGGCCACCGCGUCCAUCGAACAGGAGCACGAACGCUACUACCAGGUGCUGCACGAGGAGCACCACCACCACGAGGAGCACCAUCACCGCGCGGAGCACCGUCAGUUUCACCGCGGGGUGUCACCGACGGGGCUCCCAGGUCCGACGAUCAGUGACGACGAUACGCGCAACGCCCUGGCGGUCAUCAGCAAUGGUGACGCACACCGGGGCUUCCCCUACGAUCCGCACGCCGAACAGGAGAUGGAUCUAGUGCCGGGGGACGGUGCGGAUCCCGUGACCAGAUCGUCCCUCUCCGCCCUAGCCAGCCAGCGCAAGUUGAUCAAAGGUUCGCUGGAGGAGCAGGAGUUUUUCGGCGAAGUGCUGCUGGGCAUCAAGCAGGUCAUCCAGUCGCACAUGAAGGACAUACAGGUGAAGUUUCAGGACGAGUUCUUCAAUCUGGAGCAGGAGGUGAAGAAGCGGGACGACAUCAUAUCAAAGCUGCAGAAUCGCAUCCUGGAGCUGGAGGCGGAGCACCACGGUCUGGUGGGACUGCAGGUACAGUUGCCCCCGGAGCAGGGCGACACGCCUUACCGCAAGUCCGGUUCGUCCGGAUCGGGCAGCACGGGAUCGUCCAACGAGCUGCCGUUUAUGCGCGGUGACUCACUGGAUACCAUCUUCGCUUCCUCCCCGCACUCCGACUCGGACGCCCCGCGGCAACUGAAAACACGCAGCAGAAAGCCGCGCACAUCGCCCCGCCACCGCCAGCUACGCAACCGUCCCAACUGGGACGAGUCGACCGAUCAGGAGAGCUUCGAUCGGAAAGACUCACCACCGAUCGGUCCACGCCCGCAGCCCGGUGGCAACGGUGCACCGGCCGGUGGAUCUUCCACUGGACCACCACCCCCCGUACCGCCGAGACGAAUGUCGGCAACGGCUACCUCCACCACCACCGCCGUUACCAUGUCCGCUACGACGGACCGUAUCCGCAGCCCGUACCGCGAUCUGGUCAUUUCGGAGCUCACCGGGAACAUCGUUUCCGACAGCGUGAUUGUAAACAUUGAGGCCACGUCCAGCUCGCAGUCGGAAUCGCAGUCCGAAAACGAUCAGCCUUACGGGGAGGAAGAAGAGGAAGAGGACGAGCAGGGCGAGGCGAGGCAGCUAAUGCGGCAUCGGCGCUCCCGGAGCCGCGAAACCGACGAUGACGACAACGAUGGUGCGGAUGAGGAGUGCGACGAUGAGGCAGCAUUUGGCGAAGAGCUCGAGGGAGAGCUUGAGCAGGAAGAGGAGGAAGAGGAGGAAGAGGCAGGCAAUGAGGAGGAAGAGCAAGAAGAGGAAGAACAGGCAGAGGAGGAAGAGGAAGAGGAGGAGGAGGAAGAGCUCAAUCACAACGACUGGGAGGUGCGAAUGCUGGCGGCGGAGCUGAAGAAGCGCGAAAGCAUCAGCACCGACUUCCCGGCCGAGCUGGAGGGUGGCGACGGGUUGGUGCGCCGUCGCAGCCACCGCAAGCGCAGCGACACGGACACGGACGGUAGCGAGGGGACGGAGCGGGACGCGUUCGGGCGGCCGCGAGCCUCCAGCCUCGAUCAGCACAAUCUGCAGCGGCGGGCCGCCUUUGGGCGGGCGGGCCGGGCCCCGACCAUUGCGGGCCCACCGUCGGCUGGCCCCAGUGCGCCCCGGUCGCGGGGCGGCAUCUUUAAGGCCUUGAGCUUCGACCGGGACAAAGAUCGUCUCUGAGAAUUAACGCUUCACUGUGAGGUGUGCAUGUUUACCAGCAUCACCAAGGUCGUCGUGAUCGAGUGGAAUCGUGCUGACCGGGGAUCGACGGUUCGUCCAGCACCGAUCGCCGGAGCGGCCCGAACAAGCCGCUCCGUCUCUAGCAGCUGUGAGGCGUGAUGCGCUGCACACUCGCAACACUCCAACCAACCAAUCCAACGCCCUGUGCCCGUUUCGCCCGAAACAAUCCAGCGCAGUGCAGUUCCGUUACGACCCAGUAGUGAGAUUAGGUGUGUAACUCAAUUGGCAAUUCGUUUAGCAAUCGUUGAGCUGCUAGCAGUCUCUCGUACCCAUUCCCGUCCAAGCAAAAAAAACCGCAAUGCUUAGCAAUUGUUGUUUCCUGUGUUUGUGUUGUUAGGUUUACUGCACCACUUUCUUCCUGCACAUCGAACAAAUCGGCAUCAAAUAAGCGGCAGAAGUCAUACAGGCUUUAAGGAAGUAGACACGCUUGCUACCCUGCGAUCGUUGGGCCAUCCUAGUCCCCUGAUCUCGAUGCGUGGAACCGAAAUAUGUCUAGCACAAAGCAAACAAACCGAUUCGCCAACGAAGUACAGUAGACGAUUCAAAGCUGCUCCUCCUUUUGUUUUGUAAUCGUGAUCGAUCAUACGUUCCAAAUUCCGGUAUGCCUUGUUUGUUCACUGUUCAAGUGUUUGCUGUAGCGUUAGGAAUUACUCUUCAUCGAUAGUGUAACUAGCGACAAACUAAUAUAAUCUAAUCUAUGAGCUAUAAUCUAUGGGCAGGGCAACAUCAAGCAGAAUGAGUGAGUGGAAUGUGUCUCUAAGCAGAUCCAUGGUGGCUUAAAAAAGCUUAACUUUCUCCAAUCCCGGCAUCCAGCAGAUACAAUACUUAAAACUGCUGCUGAUCUCCUCUGAAAGGAGAAUUGCAACAUGGCGAGGGCUUCGUUGCAAAGCAAAGGACAACAAAUCUAGUUUGUACGAUAAUAAACCUAGGCCUGUGUGCGGUACGGUGCACACCGAUGGACCCGAUGGACCUAAACCGUAGGAAGUUAACGUAAUAAUCAAGCAUAGAAGGGUAGUAGCAAAUGCUUUACUUAUACGAAAACCAAAACAAAUCGACCAACAGCACCCGUUCGCAUUAGUCUAGGAAUGUAAACAAGGGAAAGGGUUCAAGCUGAAUUCGAAUUUUGCCGUACGAGUUCCUGAUCGUUCCAUUUCGAUUUUUGUACACCUUAACCUAGAGCGACAAACCGUGGCUAAUUUAUAAGAACAGAACAAAGUAACUAUAAAAUCGUUACAACUAAAGAGUUUUUUUGUUGUAUAUUCUGUUAUUAGGUGAAAAUAUUCGAUAACGCUGUUUUGUAAUUAUGCUGUGAACGUCACCGUUUUCUAAUAAUAAGUUUAAUGCAUUACAUUUCCUUUCCACACGUUCACGCGAACACGAAAAAACAACACGAUUUUAUUCCACCACAAAGUACCAGUAACUAGAUCGAGCAAAAGAAUGAAGGGGAACAUGAUGAGGAGAACCAGGUUAGAAACAGUAGUGGAGCAGAGGAUUAUAAUGUUGAACAAAAACAAAUGAAUGAUAGCACUUUAACUUUGCCAAUUAUAGUAAACCACACGAGUAGCAUAGGCAGGGGUAAACACAUGGGAUGCUAGAAAGGGAUAUAAUCGCAUACUACCAAAGGGCAAAUAGCAGACAUAGCAGCAGUUGAUCCUGAUCGCAUCAAGACCAAAAACCGAAUGGAUUGGGUGGCACGGUGGCCCAGCCCAAAACCGAACAAAUGUAAACAUAUUUAGUAAGGAUGCGAACAAGCGAACGAAAGAGGGUUAGAUAUAUGUAAACCGAAGCAAGAUACAGUAAUGGAGCGUGUUAAAUAGAAAUACAAACAACCAAAACAUCAAUAGCUUUAGUUUAACUAGUUUAGCAAUAGAUGGAAACAUUGGUCAAUGGUUAGUUACCAAGGGAUUUAGAUUUACUUUCCACGAAUCUGCAGUGUGUUGAGAUUGUUUUCACGUUCUUUGUUUUGUUUUUUAAAGAAAAAUUAACGUUUGUAUUGAAAUUUAAAUUCAAAUAGUUCUUCAAUCUUACUGAAGUAUUUAAUUUGUCAUUAUUUUGUUUUCAUUAAACCAAAUCAUUUUUUAAUAAGUUAUGCAAACACCAGUUGCCAUCUUUUGCUAAAUAUGUUAUUCCUCUUAAGAAGUAAGAUAACGGAUUUGUAUUACGUAGUACUUUUAAAUAAAAUUAAAUCACUUCCUCUGGCCGAUCAGUUGGCUAAAGUAAAAACAGGAAUAAGGGCCGAAAGCAUGUGCGUGAGCGUGUGUGAGUGAAUGCAUGUAAAAGGCAGUCUUCUUUUACUAGCUCGAGGUACUACAAGGCGAACAGAAACAAAACGAAAGGGAUACAGAAUAGCGAGAAAAGCAAAAUGGAUGAAAACUGAUAAAGAGACCACUCUUUUACCCUAGCUUGGCACAUAGAACGUGACAAAUGGAAAUAAUAAUACUGUUUAUAAAUCAAAGUGAUUUAGAGAUAACAAAACCAUGUAAAAAAAAGAAGAUCCCAUCCCAAAACAAAACAGACAAACAAACCAACCAACCAACCAACCGACAAACCACAAAUAAAUUUCCUGAAACAAAA